UCCUGCUGUGAUCUUCUCCUCUGUUGCCUUUGCUCAUCUCUGCCUGACUCCAGCCAGCCACGGCCAUGAGCCUCCCGGGCACGGCUUGUUGUCCCUCGCACCCCGGGCGCGCCUCCCGUCCGAGCCCGAAGGGCGGCCUUGACUUCCCUUUGCCCGCCCCGAGAGCGCCCUCCCAGCCUCCUCCGGACCAGGACCCUUUUCCUCUGGGAGAGCCCGCCCUGGCCCCGGGGCCCCUUCCCUCGCCAGCCUGGUCCCUGGAGGAGGAGGAAGAGGAUGCGGGCGGUGGGGACGCGGCGGCGCAGCCGGAGGAGCUGUGCAGCGACGAGCACCCGGGCCUGUUCUUCGCCGAGGCCCGGCGGCUGCGGGAGCAGGGGCUGCUGCUGGACGAGCAGGUGGCUGUCGGCGGGCGAGUGUACGGAGCGCACCGGGUGGUCCUGGCCGCCGUCAGCAGCCUCUUCCGAGACCGGUUGCUACGCGGCGGGGGUCCGCAGACCCCGCUCAGCCUCGACGUGGCCCCCCGGGCCUGGGAGGCAGUGCUGACCUUUGCCUACGAGGGGGUGCUGGGUUCGGCCCCGCUGCGCGAUGUGCUGGCUGCAGCCGAGGCGCUGGGGGCGCCCCGGGUGACGGCUGUGGCCCAGAAGACGAGCCAGGCAGAGGAGCUGCGAGAGAACUUGCGUGGCAUCGAGCUCCUGUACCAAGAGGGCGUCGGGUGUGACCUGGAGCUGGAGGCAGGAGGCUGCCUGAUGAAGGUGCACCGCGCAGCCCUCGCCUGUGGUAGCGAGUUCUUUGGUGCCAUGCUCCUGAGCGGGAUGAAGGAGUCGCAGGGCCCAGAGGUGUCUCUUCGAACCAUCUCUGCCCGGGACUUGCAGCUCCUCGUCUCCUUUGCCUACACCGGGAUCGUUCGGGCAAGGUGGCCAGGCCUGCUGAGAGCUGCCCAGGCUGCCCUGCAGUACCAGAGCGCUGCCUGCCUGGCUCUGUGCCAGAAAGCCUUAGCCCAGCGCCUCAGCCCCGCGCGCUGCCUGGCCCUGUUCCCCCUGGCUGAAGCCCCUGGGUUGGAGAAGCUCUGGAGCAAAGCUCGUCACUACCUCCUCAGCCACCUGCCUGCUGUGGCCUUGUGCCCCGCGUUCCCUUCUUUACCAGCUGCCUGCCUGGCCGAGCUCCUGGACAGCGACGAGCUCCACGUGCAAGAAGAGUUGGAGGCCUUUGCGGCUGCGCGCUGCUGGCUGGCUGCCAACCCGGAGACCCCGGAGUCCGAGGCCAGGGCCCUGCUGCGCUGCGUCCGCUUUGGCCGAAUGUCCACCAGAGAGCUGCGGAGGGUGCGCGCGGCUGGACUGCCCCCCUUCCUGCCCCCGGACCUGCUGCACCAGCUGAUGGUGGAGGCUGAGGUGCCGGGACAGGAGAGGCGCAGGGAGCCUGACCGAGCCCUGGUGGUGAUUGGGGGCGAUGAGCUAAGAGCAGACAUGGCCGUCAGACAGCCAUCGGCAGGGGUGUGGUGGGCUCGGGCCUUCCGCUGUGGCAUGGGGCUGGUUCGAACCGUGGAGUGGGGGCGGCUGCCCGCCCUUCCUGCCCCCGGGCGCUUCCGCCACGGGGCUGCGAGCCUUUCCGGAAGUGAGCUCUAUGUGUGUGGAGGACAGGACUUCUACAGCCACUCCAACACCUUGGCUUCCAUGCUCAGAUGGGACCCCAGUCGAGAAGACUGGGAGGAGAAGGCACCUUUGUGCCAGGCUCGCAGCUUUUUCCCCCUAGUGGUGCUGGACGGCCAACUUUAUGCUCUAGGUGGGCGCGACAAUGGCGUGGCCCUGGACUCUGUGGAGACCUAUAACCCGGAGCUCAAUGUCUGGAGGCCAGCACCUGCACUUCCCGAGCCUUGCUUUGCCCACGCUGCUGCUGUCUUAGAGGGCCGAUUGUACCUGAGCGGUGGCUGUAAUGAAACAGACCCAUACCUGGCCUCCUUGAUGCACUAUGACCCCAAACUUGGGGCUCCAGGGACACUUCUGAGCCCUAUGGGAGUACCUCGGGCUGGCCACAUCAUGGCGGCUCUGGGUGGGCGGCUGUAUGUAGCAGGGGGGCUAGGUGAGACUGGGGAUUUGCUGAGCUUCGAGGCUUAUGAACCAAGGACUGAUAGCUGGACUCACCUUGCACCUCUGCCCUCCCCCCACGUGGGGGCUGCAGGUGCGGUCCUGCAGGGGGAGCUACUCGUCCUGGGGGGCUACAGUCACCGUACUUACGCCCCCUCCCACCUGAUUCAUGCCUAUUGUCCUGGCCUGGGCCGAUGGCUCUGCCUGGGGACUCUGCCCAGACCUCGAGCUGAGAUGCCUGCCUGCAUCUUGACACUGUCCACUGUGGAACACCUCACUGCGGGCCCCUCCUUCACCCAGCAGCCAAACCUGCUGCGUGAAGGGGGCAGUCAGGAAGGGCUAGAGAACACGGAGGAGGAGGGGAGGGAGAGUAGGCUUCAUUCAUAAUAGUUUUCUGUUAUUCUUACUGGGUGAAAAGUUAGAACCCACAAACUGCUCUUGUGUAUAUAUAAAUAUUAAUUCCACCGCAAAGAAAGUGCUUCCAGAACUCCCUGGGGGAAGGGGUCAGGGAAUGAGAGGCAGUUGAAUGUCUGGGCAAAGGGGGACUGCACCCAGGAACAACUGCACCCAGAUCUAUGGCCCCUGAGACAAUUCUCAGAGGGCAAGUAUAUCUGGCUGGCAAACAGCCAAGAAGCUCCAGUAACCACGGGGUCACGAGAAAACAAUCAGUGAAAUAAUUCUGACCCGUGGAUCAAGGAGAACCGUGUGCAAAGGCUAUUCGUGAACGAGUCUGAGAAGUCUUGGGGGAAGGACUGUAAACAUUAUCCAGCUCUUUCCUCUUCCGGCAUGCACUGCUUUCUACUCUCCGCUCUCCAAACCACCUUGGCAAUUUUCUUUUUCGGAUAACUUUGAGGUCUCGGUCUAGGGAAAGGGAUGGUAUCAUGGAAGAAGUCAGGAGUCUGCCUGGCCUCUUUGCUCCCCUUUAAGAUGAAUUGAGGGACCACGGUGAACAUGAGACUAUUGUGGUGUAAGGUUGCAAGUUUGGGGAGGGGUGGAAGACAAAGGAGUCGGAAGCAAAGAAUAUGACUCAGUAAACUGUGACACCCCCACCCCACCCCCAGCUUAAUCCCUUUUCUCUGGAGUUUCCCUUUGAAUCCAUUUCCCUUUCCUGGGCUCUGGAAAGUUGAUUCAAAGGCUUUCUCUCUUCUCACUUCCUAUAACCUGCUCUUCCUUCUCCUUUCUUCUCACCCAACUAUUGACGAUUCACUAGCUGUGUGCCAGGCACUUUGUGAAGUACAAGCAAUACCAAGAUGAGAGAGUUUCGGACCAGUAGGUCAACUUGUAAAUAAACACCCGUUUGUUGGAACAAAGUCUAAUGAGAGGAUUGAACUCUGCCCAGGACAUCUUAUGUUGGGGAAGGCAUCCUUGACUCGUCUGGUUUGAGUCAGGUGUGGAAAGCUGCUAGGGAACAGAACAGCUUAGAAAAGGAACAGUGCAUUCCUCACGGAGAAAAGACGUGUCUUUUGCCGCACCAGAGAGAGGCCGUCCUGGCUUCCACAGUUGUUGCAGAGAAUUCUGCUCCUGUCCCCGCCCCCCCUCUGUUGUCUGGAGCCUUUCUGGUAGCAGGGGCCCUCACUUGACUCCCCUACAUUUUCCCUGUCUGGUAUUUCCAAGUCUGACUCCCGAGUUGCUCAGAGCAAGGAGGGCCUAUGUUUCUGGGUUUUUUUUCAUAGGACAGAGUUGCAUCCCCAUUGCUUAGGAAGGCGUGAUCUUCUAAUGGUGAAAUGAAAGUUGAUUCACUUGUGCUUUUCUUCAUUCUGACCCUAAAAGUACUUGACAGGCUGUAAUGGAGUUUUUGUUAUCUUACUACCCUUUUUUGAAGUAUGCAUAUCUCUAUUUCAGAUAGAUUAGGGUCAUACUUGAAAAUGAAGGGUGAGUGGGAUAGAUGAGAAAAGAGAAGAAAGAUUGAAGAGAAAAGAAAUGAGAGAAUUGGGUGGAAAUGAGAAGCUAUGAAGAACUGUAUCUUUUUAGGGAGAAUAUCUAUGAACACGUUUUUUUGUUUGUUCGUUUGUUUUUUUUAUGAUUGGUACCCAAAGACAGGGUUAAAUAAAGAUUUCACAAUGAA